GGCCGCAGAACUCGCGGGGAGCUCCGGUGGGCGAGGGACCCGGACGUCGAGGGGCUGCGUGCCCCUCAUCCCUGAGUCCCGGACCCCAGGGUCACAGGGGGCUCAGCAGAUGAUGCUCGGGAACCUCAGUAAGGAGCUCGUCACGGGGACAAAGCCGUGUGUUGGGUGCCAGCCGUUUCGGAGCCCGCGGGGGCACAGACUCGGCCGCCCGGUGUCCACCUCACGUCCCCAGGGCCUCUUUGAGAACUGCUCGGAAGCAGAAUGCCUUAUUUUCCGCGUCCCCCUGCCGACUCGCACCAGCCGCUCCCUGCAUUGGGUUCGGAGAAUGUGCUUCUGGUGUGAGAAACUCGGGAGAGCCUACUUUGGGGGUGCGUGUACCUAGGGUCGCCACCGGGAGGAGUCGGCGGUCUGAAUCGUAAUAAAAAGCCCAUUGCGGCCGCUGCCUGAUUUCUCCCGUGAUUUUGGCAUCGGGUCUACUGGGUUAAGUGCCAUUUUGUGCUGUUGACAAGCUCUGGCGUGGGUUCGGGGAGCAGGUGUGUUGGCGCAGAGUGCCUGCUUACGACCGGGACGGUACAGCCGGGGGCCACUGAUGAACUUUGCAACCUUGCCCGAGUAACCUAGCUUCCUGGGGACAAUCAUGAUAUUCCCAGAAUCAAAGGAUCUAAUUGAUGAUGCCGGUGAAGGACGGAUCACAGCGACUGGCGUUAUGUAUGCUACGCCCUCCCUAGCCAGUAGCUCUUACUGUUACUGCUGUUUGCGGCUUUCCAAGUCCACCAGCUGACUGCAGCACACAUCCUGCACGCGGUCCUUUUUCGAGCUGUUCUUCCAGGACUCCACACGUCAUGAAAUUUAGAAUGUGACUUUAACCACCGGCAUGAAAGCACUUGAUGCUAAAAUAGGAAUGCCUGUAAAUAUAGUUUAGGAUCUUACAGUGCCUUGGGACCUGUCCCUGCUGAGUGUGGAAAUGUCAUAUUUAACAUGACACAGCACAUACUGUAUUGAGACCUGCUUAGGAACCUAGGGGUGCAGCCCAUUAGCUAUAGCUGAGUGACAAGCAAGUCACCAAAGAUCUUGGUGCUUCAGCUUCUUGGUUUUAAACAUUAGGCAAAUAAUGCAGAAAGCCCUAGGGGUGAAUGGACGUUUGGGAAGGUCACAUCUGAGCGUAUGACCAGGAAACCUUACAGACACAUGAAGCCUUCAACCAUCUGGAACUCAGAAACUCGACUGGGACUGACUGUGGCUUCUAGACCGUCCAGGUGUUCUGCAGAUGUGAAAACUUAUCCCACACUUGCCAGCUGGAGCCCCGAAUAGAUGCAAGGCUCGAGCUCCGGCUCUCACAUCUCCUAAGUGGCCAGGGAGCAGUUGUUGACACUGAGGUCUGAUUGCUGCACACGACCCCUCACCUUACGGGGCUGCGCUGGAGAAAGUCAAGUUCAGGGUCGUGAGUUUCCCAACUCUCGUGAAUUAGGAUUCCAGACGCGGGCCUCAUUUCUGUAGCGCCCACCAUCCCUGUAGGCAUCACCACCACCACCAUCACCACGAGCAUCUUCUUGGAAACUCCGCCACUGCAUCACUGCACACAGUUGGAAACCUCCCCUGAUCGCCAUGGCCUGCCCUUUCCUAAAGGUUUUGUUGGUGGGGGUGAGUUUCCUGGGAUGUCUUUAUCCUCUCGUGGAUUUUAGCUUCAGUGGGGAAACAAGAGAACAGAAACCGAAUUUCGUGAUCAUUUUGGCAGAUGACAUGGGGUGGGGUGACCUGGGAGCAAACUGGGCAGAAACGAAGGACACCGCCAACCUUGAUAAGAUGGCUGCAGAAGGAAUGAGGUUUGUGGACUUCCACGCGGCUGCGUCCACCUGCUCGCCCUCCCGGGCCGCCCUGCUCACCGGCCGGCUUGGCCUCCGCAACGGAGUCCCUCACAACUUUGCAGCCACCUCUGUGGGGGGCCUUCCACUCAACGAGACCACCUUGGCCGAAGUGCUGCAGCGGGCUGGCUACGUCACCGGGCUGAUUGGCAAGUGGCAUCUUGGACACCAUGGCUCUUAUCACCCCAACUUCCGUGGGUUUGAUUACUACUUUGGAAUCCCGUACAGCCAUGACAUGGGCUGCACUGAUACCCCCGGCUACAACCACCCCCCUUGCCCGGCAUGUCCACGGGGCGGUAGACCGUCAAGGAACCCUGAGAAGGACUGUCACUCGGACGUGGCCCUUCCUCUCUAUGAGAACCUCAGCAUCGUGGAGCAGCCCGUGAACUUGAGCGGCCUCGCACAGAAGUAUGCCGAGAAGGCCACCCAGUUCAUCCAGCGGGCAAGUGCCAGCGGAAGACCCUUCCUGCUCUACGUGGGCCUGGCCCACAUGCACGUGCCCCUGUCCAGGACCCUGCUGUCAGCAGAACCCGGGGGUCGAAGGCCGUACAGCGCGGCUCUCCGGGAGAUGGACAGCCUCGUGGGCCAGAUCAAGGACAAAGUUGACCUCACAGCUAAAAACAACACAUUCCUUUGGUUUACAGGAGACAAUGGCCCGUGGGCUCAGAAGUGUGAGCUGGCAGGGAGCAUGGGGCCCUUCACUGGAUCAUGGCAGACUCGUCAAGGGGGAAGUCCAGCCAAGCAGACCACCUGGGAAGGAGGACACCGUGUCCCAGCUCUGGCUUACUGGCCCGGCAGGGUCCCCGUCAACGUCACCAGCACUGCUUUGCUAAGGCCCGGAGUCCAGGCCCACGCACCACAGCCUACACUCCAGCAGCCCUGGCCCUUCUCACUUCCCGUCUUCAGAUCACACCGGCCACUUCCCAGAUGUAAUGUCCGCGCUUCUAGGAAGCAGCCUCCCUUCCGCCCCCGGCACCCCAGCAAGCGCCCCAGUGCCACUGACACGUGCCCUGAGAUCCAGGCCAGCCCCCCGCAGCCCUGCAGCUCCCCGCAUCCUCCUCGCGAUUGCCCAGUCCCCACACGCAGGUUCUGUUGGCAAUUCCUCGGACAAAAACACAGAUAUGCACGCUUCCUCUGAACAGUCUUCAGCGCCUUGGGCUGGCUGAAGCCGCAUGAAGAAAAUCUUCUCACGUGGGCAACAGAACCUGCAGUGUGUGCCCCCUGGAGCCGACCCACUCAGGUGGCUCUCUUCCGGGUCGCCGUGCCUGCCCGUCCGCGAGCAGGCUCUCGACGGCCCGUCUCGUAACCAAGGCCUCCAGAACCCAAGGCCGAUUUGCCCAUCGGGGCUGGAGGCGCGGUGCUGGGGGCACACGACCUUUUCAUUUUCUUUGAAACCAGAAGAAAAAACAAAAACUUUUAGGUUGAAGAAAAAUGGCUUCAUAUCUCCUCUUUAUAUAUUUAUAUAAACUUUAUGUCAACAGAAUUGUAAAAUAUAAUUUUGAGUAUUUUAUAUGGAAUAAGGAACCACGAAGGCAAACGGACUGAGGUUCCAUGAAAGUCGGAAUGCGCCUUCCCAGGUAUUAGAAUGAACUGUGGAAAUUUGAAAAUUAGGUUUGGGGUUUUUUGGUCUCUUUCCCCAAGGUUUCCAAGACUCCCGGGACCAAUUCCUUAGGGAGGGUUUGGAGUAGCAGGGUCCCUUUGGUAGCCUUUGCAGGACUGAUUGGCAGGACUGAUGCUUUCUCCAAGUUCACGCAGGGGCCCAGGGUCUGGGGCUCUGUGUCCCGGGAGGAUCUCCCUCCUCCAGGGCUCCCCUCGGGGGCUUGUUUUCCUCCUUUACGUAAGGAAGGACUCUUUGGUAGCCUGAGCUUGGACUGGCAAGUCCUGGAGAUGCAGAAGCUUUUGUCACGGACCCGAGCUUUCCUCUGUGCUCUGGAGGUUCCUGCCCGGUUCUGAGACACUAGGACUCCAUGAACAUUAGACUCUGUGCUGUAUAAUGAGGAUGCUAAGCCUCACGAUGACGGAGGGGGGAAUGAGACGGGAAAAGAAAAUGUGCCACACACCCCCAAAUCUAAGGCAGACCCUGUUCUUCUGCCACUGACCUGACUCCUCUGGGGGGCACGCCUCUCUUAGGGGUGCAACAGAGAGAAAACUCCAAACAGCAGUGCCGGCCACCCCGGCCUCUUCAGCCUGCACUGCAGUCCGCCGGGCUGCCUGAUUUCUGGCACGGACCUUGGACUCUGGACAGGUUUCUGGACCGUUCUGUACUCCGCAAGGGCUUACUGUGCACUUCCUGCACUUGCACGCGCGUGGGGUGCCAGCCCCUGGAGCGCACAUCGCGAGAGAUAAGCCUCCGGCUCUGUGAACCGUGGAAGCCAGAGGCAGACCAGAGACGCUCUGUACCGUAGCCGAGGGAGAGAUCCUGCUCGGGGCUGUAGACAGAGCCCUGGAGCAGAGGAGGAGGGGAGGCGGGCACGUGGCAGUUCCCUUCCGCGGCCCAUCUUGGGGGGCGAGCCUCCGCUCCCGGGACUCUGGGCUGGGGAAGCAGCAGGUGGGACCUGGAGGCCUCCCCAUGAGCCCAGCCUCAGGUGGACCCUCUUUCCCGAGAUGUCCAGCCUCGUGCGGGCCUGGCCCUCCGGUUCUGUCGAGUCCCACGGACUCUACGUUAGCCUGGCCCUCAGAUAAACAGCUCUGUUCUUGCCGAAGAGUUUUUGUCUGACCUGAGCACAGCAGGCUGGAGGGAGAUGUGCCCUAGAGCAGAGGGAAAUGGUACCACGUGACUUCAAAGAAAAUCAAAUUCACAGAAUCCACCAACGUGUUCACAGUGGCUGCCUUCGGGCGGGGGGCUGUGUGUGUGCUGCUGCUUCGUAUUUCUGGAUGUCAUCCUAUUUGCCCACCCUGAACACUGACUAUUUUGUAACAGGAAUAACAGAGCUAAAUGAAAGCGGAUGGAAUGUGUCACACAUGACGGCAUUCUAGACAAAGACUAGCUAUUUGCGACACGGAGACCCAGGGUGGGAAAAAUGAAGUAAAUGUUCUCUUGCAGACACCUGUCACACACUGUUCCCUCUCAGCGGGUGGCGGUGGCCUAGGUGGUGACAGGUAGAGCCCCUUGGUUCUUCUUUUUUUUUUAACUUUUAUUUUUAAAUUAAUUUUAUAUUGGAGUAGAGUUGAUUUACAAUGUUGUGUUAGUUUCUGCUGUACA